CACCUCCCUGGGCCACCUGGGGUUCCUGCAGCAGCCACUGCCCGGCCCAAUCCCUUCCAUACUCCACCAUGUUGGUGGGUACCCCCCACCUGCUGACAUUGGAUGAAGCUGAUGCCACCUGGACCCUCAUCAAGGAUAAGGUCAUCGAGGAGCACUUUGGGCCCAAUGCAGUAGCAGUCCCUUUCCUGUCAGAUGCAGUCUGCUAUGACCUACUGGGUGUGCUGGUAAAACAGUCCCGCCCAGCCCAUACCCGCCUGGCUUUGCCAGGUCGGCAGGGUCGGAGGGCACUGAAACCAGUGGGGCCACUACCAAGCCUCCUGGAGCAGGCAGGAUCUGAGGGUGCCUUCGCCCACUGCACUCGGGAAUACUCACCAAAUGGCCAAGCAGAGAUAGCCUAUGAAGAGAUGCGAAUGUUGGAUGGGCAGCCAUGCAAGAUCCGCCUACAGAUGGGUGGCCUGCGCAAGAAGGUUGCCUUCCUGUUGCUGCCACCAGGGCAGGUGAGCCUACAGCAGACUCUUUCCUGGCUCCGAAGCACCCACAGCAUCUAUGUCAUCUACCAGGUCUUCUCUUGUUCCUGGCUGCAGCUGGGGCUGAUGCCUACAGCCCAUGAGCCCCAGCUCCUCCAGCUACAUCAGUCAUUACCUGUUGCCUUCUCCUGCCUCAAGUUUUCACUGCAGUCCAAGGGCGUGCUGGGACCACAGAAGCCUCUGACUAAAGACCCAUUGCUCCAUGGGGCCAACUGGGUCAGACUCAACCUCAGCAUCAUGCCACCUCUGGCCCCCACAUCAGCACCUGCUGAUACACCUGAAGCUGCUGAUGUGCCCCCACCUGUCCCAGCUCCACCUACACCACCUCCCCAGGAAGGGCCAGAGGGCAAACCCACCAGAUUCUCCUACAAGGGCCGAAACCCCUUCCGGAGGGGGCCCCAGAUACUGUCAGAGAACUGGCUCUUCAGCCCCCGCAGCCCUCCACCAGGAGCCCAGGGUGGGGGCCCCAGGGACCCCGACGGGCACUCCAUGUCCCUGCCCCUGCUGCAGGGUCUAUCCUCGGAGUUCGACAGCGACGACUGAAGCUGAAGCAAAAGAUUCCGGGGGCAAAGCCCCCAAGAUCUGGCAUAGGGGUGCUGGUCUCUAAUAAACAUCAGCUGCUGCUCCCCCAAA